GGAAUUAUAUCUGCGCGCGGGAUUUAACUUUAGAAGCAGCGCGCGGCGGCAGCUCGAGCUCAGUCGGUUUCCCUCCGAGCGGAGAACAAAAAACAAACAAACAAACAAACCGCAGAGAUAAAUAACCGACAGGACCCUGAUCUAAACAUGGCGACUCCACCGAAGAGAGCGCGCGGUGUUCCCGCCGGUUUCUCCCGCAGAGAGAAGAAGAUCUCCAUCGAGGGAAACAUCGCUGCAGGUAAGUCUACGUUUGUGCGCCUCCUGCAGGCAGCGUCGGAGGACUGGGAGGUGAUACCUGAGCCCAUCGGGAAAUGGUGCAACGUCCAGAACGACAGCGACGACGUUUACCAGGAGUUGAGUUCGUCUCAGAAGAGCGGAGGAAACCUGCUGCACAUGCUCUAUGACAAACCCAGCCGCUGGUCCUACACCUUCCAGAGCUAUGCGUGUCUCAGCAGAGUUCGUUCUCAGCUUCAGUGUCCGUCAGUCAAAGUCCAGCAGGCAGAGAAACCUGUUCAGUUCUACGAGCGCUCCGUCUACUCCGACAGGUACGUGUUUGCGUCCAACCUGUUUGAGUGUGGUAACCUCACAGACACGGAGUGGAGCGUUUAUCAAGACUGGCACACCUGGUUACUGAACCAGUUUGAGAGCGACAUCGCCCUGGACGCCAUCAUCUACCUGAGAGCACAACCACAGCGCUGUAUGCAGCGGCUGCUGCACCGCGGCAGGGAGGAGGAACAGGGGAUCCCUCUGGAGUACCUGGAACAGCUUCACUUCAAACACGAGUCCUGGCUCUUCCACAGGAACCUCAGGUUGGACUUUGAGUACCUGAACGAGCUUCCCGUCCUCGUCUUGGACGUUGAUGACGACUUUAAGAGCGACCGCAUCAAACAGGCGGCGAUCGUUGACAAAGUACGAGAGUUCCUCGCCACGCUGUAGAUCUUCACCGACCAGCUUGUGAUGCGAGCAGCGGGCUCUUCUGAUUGGACGACCGCGUCACACUUUGUAAAUGUUUCGUGUUUUCUGCUGAAGCUGUCGGAUUCUUUUAAAGCAGAACUUCAG